UUGUUGUAGCGCGCAACGCGUCUGUUCGGUUUUCUGUCAUUUGUGUCGUUUAGAGUGUGUUGGGGCUGCGAACGUGUCACGGCGCCGCCAUGCCAGGGGGAUUUAGGAGUCGGUCCAUCCUGUGACUGGCUGCGCUGAGAUCAGCUGCAUAUCGACGGAUGCAGCCUCAAAAACGCGAAGAAGCCCUUUAGACGAGCGGCGCGUUGUUGUGUUUGCUGCGCGCGGUUAAACGCGUCGGGAAACACCUUGACAGCGCCGCGGCUCGCCGCCGACUUCUUCGGGCGAAACUUUCAUCCGCCAGGAAAUUGUUGAAAGCGCCGUGUCAGGGUUCGGGUUCGCCGCCGACUGCGACAUCGACCCGUCGACGCGUUGCUGCGUUUCCACUCUUGACCCGGUCCGCUCGGUCCGGACCGGGCCGACACAUCUGCUGCGUGCGCUCGCCCGCUGGUUCCGCGGCAGCGGACCGAACUAGGCCCGUAGCCGAAGUGUUUCCACCAGAUGAUUUCCUUUGUCGCAGCCCGGGCCAAGCUAAAAAUAACGCCCGGCCGCGAACGUUAGCUGAGGUCAGAAUUCAGCGUUAUGAAAGAGGCGAGCGCUCCUCGGAACAGCGCGACGAGUUCACGUCCAACAGCCGCUCGCUGGACAUUCGAGGUGAUGGCACCGGUGAACCCGGGUCAACGCGUGGACCGGGCCUGGCAGGAAAACCGGCGGAAGGAGGCGUUCGUGGAGCCGGGCUGCGCCGUGGGACCGGAGUUCCGCUCCAUAGGCUGCGUGGACAUCGUUUUGUGCAUCGAAAACCUGCAACAAAAUGUUCCAUUCGGGGUUAAGAGGUCACCGGCUGCUCGGUAUGUCGGAUGAAGAUUCCCGUGCCAGCACCAGCUCUUCCUGCUCUUCAUCCUCGUCCCAUCAGCAGCAGCAGCAGCAGCAGCAGCAGCAGCAGCAACAACAGGAGGCAAACCCCUCGAAGAAACGAGACAGCAAAGCCAGCAUGAGCAAGACCUCCAAACUCCUGUCCACCAGCGCCAAAAGAAUCCAGAAAGAGCUUGCUGACAUCACACUGGACCCACCACCAAACUGCAGUGCAGGUCCUAAAGGAGACAACAUCUAUGAGUGGAGGUCGACCAUCCUGGGCCCCCCAGGCUCCGUGUAUGAGGGGGGGGUGUUUUUCCUGGACAUUGCCUUCACACCAGACUACCCCUUCAAACCACCGAAGGUGACGUUCCGCACGAGGAUCUACCACUGCAACAUCAACAGUCAGGGAGUGAUCUGCCUGGACAUUCUGAAGGACAACUGGAGCCCCGCCCUCACCAUCUCCAAGGUGCUGCUAUCCAUCUGCUCCCUGCUCACCGACUGCAACCCAGCUGACCCUCUGGUUGGAAGCAUUGCCACACAGUACACGACAAACAGACCUGAACAUGACAGGAUAGCCAAACAGUGGACCAAACGCUAUGCCACAUAAUCACCAGAGCAGUCGCUGAGGAUACAGUGGUGUGGACUCAACGUGGGAGGGAGAGGGUGGGUCGAUGUUGGGGAGGCAUGGGAUCCCAGUAGAAGCAAGAAGCGCAGGUGUUGCAGUGGGUGGAUUUCUGUCAGAUACUGAGGUCUUAAGUCCUGAUGUUUCUUUGUUUGUUGUAUUUAAGUUAUCUUCAGCCCACACACGGACCUGGUAAUAAUACAUAUUUAGUUUUACAGUAUCUCGCUCUUGUUUUUAAGCUUGUGAUGGACAUUAUAACAAAACUGCUAGAUGAAACUUGAGGCAUGUUUCCCAGUCAGUUAUGUCAGUGUGAACAGUGUGACAAUUUCCAGUUGGUGUUUGCUCCCCUUCAUUAUCCUGAUCUUUUAACAUCUGUUUUACACAUUAACAAUUGUUGUUAUUUCUGUUCUAAUAAGAAAAACGCUGUUUCUACCUUUAAACUAUUAAACAUAACCAACUGAA